UAACAGGUGAGUGGAAUAAAGUUAUUUGCCAGGGGGGUAAAUCUUAUACUUUGUUGUCCCCUCCCCUUUCCACAAGUAAAGGGAUUGAGGAGAAUACCUGUCCUAAUUAACAGGUUCUACAGUGGACAUAUGCAGACUUGAACAAGUGCUUGUAAUGACUGUAGAAACUCAGACAAGGCACCAGGACAAUUGUGUAGGAUAGGAUAACAGAGCAAACAGAUACAUUUUCUUAUACAUGUAGAAGUUGACAGGGCACCUGUUUUGGAUGGGAUACCAGAGUAAACAAGUGAAACAAGAUGAUAAAGAUAGGACUUAUUAUACUUUGUGUAGCCCUUGUCAGAGAACUUGUUGCCUCUUCAGGGUCAUCAGAACAGUCAUUUUAUGAUAAUUAUUCCGGUGAAGAUGUUGUAUAUGAUGAUAACAAUCAAUACAAACCAAAAUUUUCAUUAAAUGCUGAUGUAAACCUGCUGGCUGGACAGAAAUUUCAAGUGAACUGUUCAUGUCAACCCCCUGUGAACUGUUCAACAUGCAAACUUGAAAUAAAUAGUUUAAAGAUCAAGCAUUGUACCACUGGUAAGCGUGCCAGCUGUAAGGUCAAGGAUACAGUUAUAACAGACAAUAGAACAAUAAGUCUUGUUAGACCUAAUGUAAAUGUGAACGACACAGGAACAUAUUUCUGCCAGUAUAACAACUCGCCAACAACUGAAGAUAACUUUUAUCUUAAAAUUGGGUAUAAACCUUCUGGUCCACAAAACAUCAGCUGUGUUUCCAAUGACUUGAAGGACCUAAAUUGUUCUUGGACUAAAUCAGAACAAGACAAAAAGAAUCCACUUCCUGUUGUCUACAAAUCAUUCUUUGAUAUCAGUCCUAUGUAUGGAAAGAUUAAUUGUCCAAACCCUCAGCCUAAAAAGAGAGAUCAAACUAGCUGUUAUAUAGCUCCAUCAACAACGGAUAACUAUUAUACAUUUCAUGCUGGAAAUAGCUACAAUUUAACUAUAAAUGCAUCUAAUGUGUGUGCAUUUCAGAUGACAGAGCAUACUGUCAAUAUAACAGAAGUUAUAAAACUUUCAUCACCAAAGUUAUCACUACUUUCCAUAACUCAGAGAGUAAUUAUUUUAUCAACAAAGCAAUCACAGGCUCCUCAUAUAAUGAUAUGGACAAAAGACGGUAUAUUAUAUGAUAUAGUCUAUAGUAGUGACACACUAACCAAUACUAUACAGUUUAGUUCACCUAAUGAAAGUAAUACUGUCAUUCUUCCUGAUCUUAUACCAUACACAGAAUAUACUGUUACAGUGAAAGCUAAAGUUCCUCAAUCUAAGGGAGAUAAAUAUUGGAGUCCUACUGUGACUAGAAACUACACAACAAAAUCAGCAGCUCCAGUUAGUGUACCGUAUAUUGGAGGCUACAUUAUGUCUGAAAGAGUCCUGUUUCUUUAUAUAAAGCCUAUAAGUAAAAGGGAAAAGUUUUCUGAGAAUGCAGUCUACACAGUUACAGUAAAGUCAGCUUCUGAAGAACCAUUCUUUAAACAAUUGAAUGUGACAUGGGACAUAGCCAUGAUAAAUGUUCCAGGUCUUCAACAGAAAUUAACAUCUUACUUGAUAGAAGUAAAGACAGUGAAUGAUAUUGGAGAGAGUAUUGAUUCCAGUAGAAUUACUACACCAUCGUAUGAUUCAGGAAGACAAAAACCAGCCUAUAUUGUUGUUGAAGGAUCAGGGAAAAAUUACAUUAUAUCCUGGGACACACAGAGUAGAAAUAUAAGCAGUCAAUUAAAGAAGAUUGUUGUAUACUGGUGUGUCGGUAUUCAGACAGUUUGUCAGAGUAAUUUGAAUUUUAUAAAUGUAUCUGGGCAUCUGACGAAUAUAUCCGUCACCACAGAUAGGGGAGAUAAUUGGAUUUUUGCAGUGUCCUUUCUCUACACUGAUGGAUAUACUACAGAAAUGGUUUUCUCAAAGUGUCAUUUUCCUAAAUUUACAGGAGGUCCUUCAGACACCCCCGACAUCAGUGUUAUACCUGAAAGUCAGACAGAACUAGUUGUAAAACCUGGUGAUUAUUGUAAUAUAAAUAAGUAUCCAAGCAGGCCAUUGGUGUAUACUGUGUACUACAGACAGUCACAUGAUAGUAUAAAGUCAUGUGAUAAUCAAACGUUCUUACAAAAAAGAGUUGAGGCCAAUAUUAAAACAGGAGGAAUAACUUUGGAAAAUUUAAAACCAUCCACCAAUUAUGUUGUGUGCCUGGGUGUGACUAGUAAUGGUGGUGAUGAAGAAAUCAGUGACCCACAGAUGGCCUUGACAUUAUCUACAGAUACCCCUUUACCUGUUGGAAUCCUAGUUAUGUUAAUUAUAAUUGGUUCAAUAAUAUUAAUACUUGGAAUUCUAGCUUGUGUAUGGAAAGGCUGGAAAAUUUACAAGAAACAUGAUAUCUCCAUCAGUUUACCAGUGAUCAAACCAAGUCCCCAAUACAUACCUGUACCGAGUACUGAUAUAGAAAAUCCGAAGGAAAAAACUGGGGGAUCAUCGUCUGAUAGUGGUGUGUCUGUGUCCGUUCAUAAUGAAAUUAACGUACAGGACGGAGAGUUCUCAAAUCAGACAGGUAUUUCUUCUCACAAUCUACAAAUAUCUGAUUCUAACUUUUCCAAGGAUAUUGCCAAUGACACGUUGGAAAGUAGACCAAACAACGAGGAACUAACAGAAAGUCAAAGUGAGGACAAAGUUGAGGAAAGGGACAGAACUGUGAGUAAUGCAACGGAUGGAUAUACAGGUACCUUUAAAUCGUCAACAACUUCAAAGUCAGGUACCAGUAAUCAUACCAGUACAACUAAUAGUAGCCGCAUCAGCAGACCAAAACAAAAGAGGUCGUCUGUUAUGGACCAUUUCGGAUCAAAAAUAAGGGAAGAAACUUCCAAUAGUUCAAGUAUACUUGUACCCUUAAUGGAAAAAAAUAGUGCAGAUGAAAUAAAGAACAAAACCGAAUUCGUUAAAGAUUGGAUAAGAAAAAGUACUGAAGAUUUACAUGAUUCCAAUGAUAUUCAGUUACAAACCUUUACACCAGAGACAAAUCAAGGUCAAGUUGAAAGUUAUGUAGAAGUUGCUGCUGAUGGAUCUUUAAAGUCAGAUAGUGUCAAUCAAAGUUCAAACCAUAGCAACAGUAACCAUAGCAACAAUAUCUGUAGUAACAGCAGUGGUUACACUGCUAUAUCAGAUAUCAUUAAUCAAAAUAGUAGUAACCACAGUGACAGAAGCAAUAGUAUAGUGAAAUCAGACAACUGUAAAUCAGAGAACGAGAAUCCUGAAGUACAAUGCUCAAUUCAGACGGAGGAAAAUCGUCCUUUGUCAUAUGUGCAAUCAGACAAUUUAACCACAAACUCCACAAGUGUGAAUUCAGGAGAAAAGGACUCCAAUCAAAUCGGUGAAAAUUCUCUCUCUUCAUAUGUGCAAUUCGAUAUUUUAAGUACUUUUUCAGAAAAUAGUAAUGAAGGUUCAAAUACAAGUACUCCUGCAGUAAAGAUAGACACUUCAUCCUUGAAUUCCACAUCAGAAAAAUUUAAUGAAGGUUCAUUCACAAGUAGCCCUGCCAUUAACAUUGACAUUUCAUCUUUGAAUUCCCCUUUAGAAAAAUGUAAGAAAAGUUCAAAUUCAAAUACUCAUACAAUAAACAUUGACAAUUCUUCAUUGGAAAAGUGUAGGCAGAAAAACAUUCAGAACAAACUAUUGAACCAAGAUAAGGUUGACAAAUUUGUUUCCACCGAUUCACAAUAUCUCCCACAUAAUAAUAUUCAGUCAUUGACAAUAAAAAAGGCCAACAAUUUAUCAGACAAUGAGGAUUUACCGCAGGAUGAAAGUUCUGGUGAUAUUUCAAGUAGUGUUUCUGAUUAUUUAAAGGCAGGACAAUGUGACACUAACUCAGGUUCAGAACAAUGUGACUCCAACUCAGAACAAAUCAGUAGUUACACAUUACUUGAUUCUGUUGGAGAAAAUUUGUAG